GCUCACCAAAACUCUAGCCGGUCCUUCGUGAAUUCAUCAACUUGUUGGAACUCCCGUACAACAACAUAACACAACUCAAGGCAUCGUCACAACAACACGUGAAAAUCGAACAGGUAAACACCUAAUCAACAAAAAAAGUCAACAUUGUCGUGAAAGGAAAAGGAACUAUGGAGUACUUCAACUUUUCUCUAUCUUCCGGGUUGAGAAACGAUGCCUAUACAGGAGCCAAUAUUACUACACCCGAGGGAUUCAUUUGGACGGCGCCAGUUCUACAGCGUGUUAUCACUAUCGCUAUCAUCAUGUUCAUAACACUUGUAGGCAACGGAACUAUUAUUGCGGUACUGACGCAAAAACGCCGCUUCAGCCGCGUCAACAUCUUCAUCCUAAACCUUGCGAUUGGCGACCUCUGCGUCUGCGUCGUAACCAUGACUACGGAGAUCUUGUUCGUGGCUUUUGACCAAUGGGUGUUGGGAGCUGUGCUCUGUAAGCUGAUAGUGUACGGUCAGAUCGUGACCUUGGCGAGCGCGACCUUCAUCUUGACCGCCAUGAGUAUUGACCGCUACAUGGCCAUCACCAACCCUCUCCAGAUGUCCACCAAACAUCGGACACUCGCUCACAGGAUGGUCGCAGUCGCCUGGGUAGCUGCUUUCAUGCUAGCCAUCCCGCAACUCUUGAUAUUCGUGCAAAGAGAAGUCCAGAGGGAAAAUGGCCAUACGGCCUACGCGUGCCAGAGUAAGGGGUACACUGCGGAGUGGCAACGGAAGGUGUACGUCACCUGGCUGGCGUUUUACGUCAUGGUGGCCCCUGGCGUCAUUAUUACGUACUGCUACAUCCGGAUUGUGCUGACCCUCGGACGAGAGGGGUCGGGCAAGGCAGACAUCCAGUCGGCUCUACGGCGCUCAGAUAAUGAGAAGAUCAUGAAGGCCAAAGUCAAGACCAUACGGAUGACCCUGUGUAUUGUGAUCGGCUUCUUGACCACGUGGACGCCGUACUUCGUCGUGACUUUGUACGAUGUGUACGCCGGACAGGGUCUUCCCGAGGUCGCCUACGUCGUCGCCGAGACCAUGGCCCUCUUCAACUCCGCACUAAACCCCAUCAUCUACGGCUUCUUCAGUCUUAACUUCAGCGAGAUCUUCUACAAAAUCUGCUGCGCGUGCUGGCAUCGUCCGGAAGACUCUUACCGGAACCGGAAAGGUUUCAUUCAAACGUUCCGGACUGAGGUUCCGGAUCACGGAACGUACAAGAUGAAGAGCGUUCGAAGAAGACCGACGAUUCCAAACGCAAACGGGGAGGUCGCAGGUGAACAUAUCUUUGAGUAAAGCUACCCGUUGUAACUUUGGAGGCACGAGGGCACAGUACAUCAACGAAAAUAUGUUUUGUCGGCAAUGUAAAAAUAGGCAACUUGGGGUGUCAUGAUCAUGAUCUUAUCCGUGAACAUUCCAGGUCAGAACAGCUUACCCCAUAUAGUAGUCCGCUAUCUCAAGUGUACAAAAAGGUAUAGUUUCAACAAUUUCUAUACGGUGGAAGAUUUCGCACUUUCAAAAAAUGCCGCCAUUUUGGUUUCUGGUCAAUGACGGAAAUUAAGUGACUCACCACUUCAAAUAAUGGGCUUAAACAGGCUUACAAAUGGACCAUAAAUCUAAGUGGUUUCUUUUACCAAAUCUAAAAGUCUAUACCUAGUACUGUUUCAUCUGUACAUAAUUUCUCUCUUUUUCUACGAGAAGGGAACCAACAAGUCUUAGAUAGAACAUUGUUGUUGUUGUUUUUAGGCUAAAAUGGACCCCAGGCGCAGGCGUGUAUUACUGAUCUCCGCCCUAGAAGUGGUUAGCUGUGCCAUGAAGAGGAACCAUGAGCAAAAGGGAAAUAAAUACUAGUACGUGACUGACAAUGUGUGGACUCACUAGCUGUGACUGUUGUAAAAUUAGGCUCGCCCCUGAGGCGUCGCCAAAAAGGAUGUCACCCUGAUAUGCUUUCAU